GAAAGGUUCAUCAUAGAUCUAUCGCCCAUCUUCUUAAACAGGAUUGAGUCAUGGCCAAGCUUAUCGGUUUUGCAUGAGGACGACGCCGACAACAUUGUCAGGGAUGUGUGUGUUCAGUAGUUUGUUUACAUCGCAAGGAUACUAUUAAAAUAUAACAAAAUCUAUUUGAAUAUGUUUUGAGUUAUGAUAAAAGUUAACGUUAUCACAACACUAUACAUGAAUAGUUUGUACUCAUUAUUUAAGCAACACUUACUGUAUGAAACACACUUAAAACUUAUGAACAUUUGCCGCAUCUUUAAGGAUCACCAAUAAGGAAGUUGUGACUCGAUGCGAAUUUGAUAAGUUCUCUAGUUUUGGAGAGUCGGAAACAUCGGGCCAAACAUAUGCAUAGCUGGUAUUUUAUUUCAUAAUAAUGGAAAAAGUGAACAUGAAACUGACGUUGCUGCUGCUUUUGCUGCCUUGUACAGCAUUCGGUAAUUGGUCAGACAGGCAUUAUACAGGACAGAACAUUGCGCUAUUGAGGACAGCAAUACAAUCUCCCGGAAGGUAUGAAAACAGAUAUGCGUCUCUUGCUGUGGACGGCAUCAACAGCUCAGAACCCAUAUAUUGUUCGCAUACAGAUGAGUCGCAAAAUGAAGCAUACUGGGAAGUUACAUUUGAGCAAAGCUAUCUUUUGAAAGGUGUAGUAAUUGUAAACAGCAUUUCAGAAGUUCAUCGACUUCGGCUAAGAAAGUUUCAUAUGUAUGGCGACAACGACAUGCUACUGUACAAAAGCAAUGACGAAUCUACAACCUGCAGUAUAUGGAGUUUUUUCAAAAAUGAAGUUUGUGCUCCUCUAGUUUUCAUACCACUUUCUCCAGGGAUUGAUAUGGAAACAAAAAGUUUGAAAAUAUCAGUAUAUGCAAGUGAUAACCCUAUUCCAAACGAACACAAUAAGGCAUAUAUUACGCUUUGUGAGGUGUUUGUAUUUGCAGUGGUUACAUGCCCAUUGAUGCCGAUUAAAAACGGCCAACCAUUACCAAAAUCAUUUAGUAUCACCACCGUGACGGUUGAAUGUGAUACUUCUGGAUAUAAAGCAAGUACUGACAGAGUGACCUGUUUAAAUACUGGCAAAUGGAAUGAAAUACCAAAAUGCAAUCCAUACUGUGUAUGGCAUGUCGACAAUGGAUAUAUCGUUGACUAUCAUAACAACAACGAACGUAUAAACUCCCCUAUACUUGGAUGGAUUAAAGUAAGAUGUAAUGCGGGAUAUUGGUUUACGGCCACGGAUACAUAUGAAUGUACUUUUAAUCGAGGAUGGUAUACACCAAUACCAUCAUGUGUACCUGUUACAUGCCAAUGUCCGUCUCUUGAGUUCGGUGUUUAUGAGGUAAAAACAAAUAAUAGGGAAUGCGAUGGUAAUGAAAAUUAUGACACCGUAAUUGUUCCGAAAUGCUGGGAUGGUUACAACUUAGAAUCCAAUACUGAACGAAAGUGUACAGAUGGACCGCGAUGGAGUGGAAACACACCAAGUUGUGUCCGUAUGAAAUGCAAUAAUCCAGGUAACAUACCAAAUGGUUAUUAUCAUCCAAACUUAAAUGUAUACCAAUAUAAUGAUAUAAUUAACGCAGCUUGUCACACCGGCUAUAAGUUAAAAGGCAGUAUCAGAGUGCGCAAAUGCUCUGAACAUGGCAGAUGGAGCGGGAUGAGCCCUGUGUGUGAAAUAGUCAUAUGUCGUAAACCAUCCCGACUCAUCGAUGGGUAUUACAUGCUUCCAAAUCAAACACAGACACUUUCAAAAGAAGAGUUUAAGUUCAAUACAACAGUGGUUCCUCAUUGCAAUUCAGGUUAUUACGUUAGAAACUUCUCAGUUCGUGCAUGUGAUUCGACCGGAAACUGGGAUGGCAUUGAACCAACAUGUGAGAAAAUACAUUGUCCUGUAAUGCAAACCUCUGACCAUGUCUUUAAAUAUUCGGCAAACCAUACAAUUGUAGAUCAAAACAUAAUUUAUAUUAACACUAGUGUGUAUCUAGAAUGCAAAGCCGGUUUUUAUUCGACAUCUUCACGAACUUUGCAAAUGUGUCUUUUAAACGGACGUUUAAGUGGAAUGGAACCAAGAUGCAGCAAAGUGGUAUGUGUGCCAUCUGCUGGACAAAUUAAAAGAGUGAUAACAGGAAUACCGGUUACUGUCGUAGGUCCGAUUAAGUACAACGAAAAUCGAAACGUCAGUGUAAAUGAUUCCUUGUUUCUUCACGAAGGCGGUGACCUCAUUGUGUAUUGUGCUGCCAAUGGGUCGUUGGUUUGGAGCAUCACUGGUCCUCCGACUUUACGACCAGUUUGUCCCCUUAUAACCCUUACCCAUGGUUGGACAAAUCAUACCUGUACUAGCGAAAACUGGUGUGAAGCUGGAAAAUCGGUCAAUAUCACCUGCAAAAGGGGAUAUGCAGCUGCUCAUGGUACUGCGACAUGUACGUCGAACCACACAUGGAGUAAUAGAAUAUAUUGUCAAGCAAACGAAGGCAGUGUUUCUGACAGUCAGGUGGCGGUAGUUGGUGGGGCAGCCGGAGGAGCUGGUGUACUUCUUGUUGCUUUGCUGGCCGCUGCCGGAUUUGUAAUUUAUCGAAGGUAUAAAGAGACUAAGAAGAAGACUGACCGUUACGAAGGGAGCUCAUCUCAAAAUCGGGAUCAACCAAAUGAGUAUUCAGAAAUAGGAGCUACCGAGUCAGCAUUUGUAUCGAAAGGUGAUUCAGAAUAUGUUUAUGCGUCAAACUCAACAAAGACAACGUGUUUGAACAACGAUUUCGAGGAAAUAGAUACAACUCUGGUUGACACAACUUACUAUGAUUUCGAUAUGCAGGAAAGGAUGCCUACCUCUGCUAUUAAGAUUGAUAAUCUUUACGAUGCCAUUCUUUCGCCCACACACUUAGAGGAAAUGAAAAUCCAAUUCAAGGAAUUUCCAAAAGGUUUAACUGAUAACUAUUAUGAGGCUCUGAAAAAUCAGAACAGACCAAAAAACAGAUACAAAAAUAUAUACCCAUAUGACGCAACGAGAGUAAUUCUUCAGAAGGAUGAACAACACUGUACAGAUUACAUAAAUGCCAGCCUUAUUCACGGUUACACUCAAUCAGGAGAAUUUGUUGCAGCGCAAGGUCCAACAAAGGAAAUACUGGUUGACUUCUGGCGGAUGGUUUGGCAACUGCGGAUUGGAAAAAUUGUUAUGUUGACCAAACUUAAGGAGGAUAAAAAGAUCAAGUGCGAACAGUAUUGGCCAGAUGAAGGAAGUAUACAAUACGACAAAUUCAAAAUAACACAUCGAAGAACAGAACUAUUUUCAGACUUUGUCAUACGAAAGUUAGCUCUGCAAAAGGACGGAAAAGAAGAGAGAAUGGUUUAUCAUUUCCAUUUUACUUCAUGGCCAGAUAAGAGUGUGCCUCAAUAUGCUUCAUCACUUGUCCACUUCCGCCAAAAGAUUGUCAACGCUGUUGUAAAAAAUAAAGGCCCUGAUAUUGUGCACUGCAGCGCCGGUGUUGGGAGGACGGGUACAUUCAUUGCACUGAAUAUACUGACAGAACAAGCCUCCACUGUGGGGUAUGUGGAUCCAGUGGGCUGUGUGAAUACAUUGAGAAGGCAGAGGGUCGACAUGGUUCAAACACCGGAUCAGUAUAUAUUUCUACACAUGGCGCUUCUUGAGACUCUGAUGUUAUCAACGUCAGCUCAACCUGCAUCAGAGUUCCUGACAGCGUAUAAAGAUCUUUUGUCCUUCGACAAGGACCGACGGAAACUUGAUGUUCUGUUCUCUAGAAUGGAGAAAAUGUCUCCCAUGGCUGAUGAAUGUCAAUACGUGAGUGCAAAAGAUGUGAGGAACAGGAAUAAGAAUCGGUAUUCAAACAUUCUCCCAGUCGCAGAUCACAUGCCACACUUGACUCCUUCUGGACAGCGGUCUGAACCUGAUUACAUCAACGCUGUACUCUUACCGGGCUACAAAAAGAAGGGAGCGUUCAUCGUAACCCAGACACCACUAGAGGUGACCAAAACCGACUUCUGGAGACUGGUGGUAGAACACGAUGUCCAUACAAUUGUCAUGAUGAACAAUAGGAGUGAGAUGAAGGAAGACGAGAUAUACUGGCCUGAGAACGAGGACUCGGAAACAUAUGACAACAUGACAAUUGCAAAGACAUUUGAAGAAUGCGAGGAUUGUUUGAGGAAAAUAAAACUUGACUUGAAUCGGUUUGGCAAGACACGAAAACUUCAACAAAUACAGUUUGAAGGCUGGCCGGAUGAUUCAGCGUUGCCCUCUUCUCCUAAGAGUGUUAUAAACCUUCUUCAUGCAGUGCAGUACUGGCAACAUCAAUCAGGAAACAAACCUGUCCUUGUGCAUUGCAUGAACGGAGCAGACAGAAGUGGCUUGUUCUGUGUUGCGUCGGUAGUCUUGGAGAGGAUGAAGAUUGAACAAGACGUUGCAAUUACACAGGUUAUCAAAGAGAUGAGGAACUACAGGGAACACAUUAUUCCCUCUCUGGAGCAGUUUCAGUUUGUUCAUGAAGUAGUCAAAGAAUACAUUCUGCAGAAUGAAACCUACUCCAAUUUCACCGACUGAGGCCGACGAUCGGGCAAACCCUUUGACAUCUCCUUUAGAAAUAAAAUUGUAGCAUUGAUCGUUUGUGAAUAAGUCGUCCGUUUCAGAGAGAAAGAAGAAAGUGUAUGCCCCUUUUAUACCUUACUGGUAGAAAAACAAUUACAAUUUUUUUCUGACUUGAAUUACGUUUGUUGUGUUUUUCCCCUGUGUAGGUAAUUUGUUUUGUUUAAAUGGACGUAUGUGAGUGGACUGACUUCUUGUGUUUUGUUUAACGAAGAAUCAUGCAAAAUAUCUGUAUUGCUUUAUUGAUAUAGACAUGUAUAUUUGUACAAAGAACAUUAUAUGCCCAUUAUUGAACAUUAUAUGCCCAUUAUUGUAUACUUAAAUAUGCUUAAUUAUAAUAUAUAUCAAACAUUCCUUCGUCAUAUCCCCUAAGUGGACUCUAUAUGAAAUAAUAUAUGCCAUUCCGUCUCCUUAUAAAACGA